CGCAUAGUUGUGGAAGAGAAAUUUUUCUUCGGCGCGGUUUCACUUUCAAUCCACAUCCACACGCACCGGGCGAUUAAAUACCUGCAUAAAUAUUCGAUUGUAUUUAAGGAGGUAUUUUUUCGCGGACGGCUCGUUCGCUUGGGUACCUUGCGAUAUUUGGUUUUGGGAUAGGCGCGGCGGAGAUGUUUGUUCAUUCCCGUCGAAUUUGGUAAAAGUUAUUGUGAAUUUAUUAUUGUGCGGUUGGUGAUAUACGCGCGUACACCGAUGUGAAAGCAACAUAUCUACUGUAGUGAUCGUCGAACAUCUAAAAGCCUAAAAUGAAAAGUGUGACAAUACUAAUUAUCAUCGAGUCCUCAAUUUAUUUCGGGCUUUGUGCCAAACCGGUUGAGCCCUACUAUGGCAGGAAAAUCGGCAAGCUGGUGGAGUUCGCUCACGGUAUCAGAGGAAUUGCCUAUGCGGUGGACGAAAGCACCAUCUUCAUCAAAGGCUUCUCCUACGACGGUACCGGCCCCGACGCCUUCUUCUGGAUAGGCAAGUCCACCAGGCCCAGCCCCGAAGGGAUCAUCAUACCCUAUCCGGAAGACUACAUCGGCAGAGAUCCGCCAGUAUUACGGGCUUACAAUAACACAGACAUAAUCCUUCGGCUUCCAAUGGGAAAAAGAAUCAGGGACAUCCGGUGGCUUUCUGUAUGGUGUAGACGAUUCACGGUAGAUUUCGGCGAAGUGUUCAUACCCCCGAAUUUGGAAGUGCCCAAACCUCGGGUGCUUCCAGAAUUCAAGCGACUUGCUCACGGCCUGCGCUCAGACAACAUCAGUAUUUUGGACGCCAAGACGUUCUACAUACCCAAUUUGCACUACGACGGCGCCGGCCCGGACGCCUACUUCUGGGUGGGGAACGGCUCGGAGCCCACCUCCUUCGGGAUCAAGGUUCCCAACGAGAUGGGUUCGCUGGAACCGCUGAGGGGUUACCAAGGAGAAGACAUUGAAAUACAACUUCCUGGUUUACUGACUGUGUAUGACAUCGAUUGGUUGGCUGUGUGGUGCGUUCAGUACAGGCACAAUUUCGGGCACGUUCUUAUACCGAAAGACAUAGACGUUCCUCCAGCUCUUGGACAAACUAAAGUAUCGCCUCCCUGGUGGUACAACCCAACUAGCACAACUCCCAAGUACGGAGAAUCCGCCAAUUGCCGGGAAUUCCUGGACAAACGGUUGCAAGUUCGAUGGAAAAUUGAAGAGGACUACGUGGACAUAACUCUGUCAGCCAGGCUCCCCGAUGACCAGUAUAUAGCCUUCGGACUCUCUGGAGCAACUGGUAAACCACAAAUGAUUGGGGGCGACGUAAUAGUAGCAUUUUACGACUCCAAGGACGGCACCUUCCACGCGGAGGAUUAUUACAUCUCGCACACGGCGCAAUGCGAUGGGAAACAAGGAGUGUGUCCAGACGAACGCAUCGGCGGAAGGAACGACGUUACGCUGAUAUCCGGCUCUCGCGAUAACGGCAUCACCACGGUGAAAUUUCGAAGGCCUCUGAAAACGAACGAGGCGAUUCACGAUCAGCCGAUACCUGAGACCGGCGAAGUGUCCAUUAUAGCGGCGUUCGGACCGUUGAAUUCGUUGAAAGAGGCUAACGCCCACGCUGCGGCGGAUAAGACCACGGAAGAUCUGCGGAUUGAUUUCAGUAAUUUCGAUGAUCACGAUUGCUCGAUUAAUUUGGAGGACUUGGACGAUUUUGGCGGUGUUAAACCUUGGCCACCUGCUAAAAUUAUAGGCGAAACCACGUUUACAGCGAGACUAGGCCCGACUGGAGGAAAAAGAGGCUACACUCCCAUAACUGGUCUACCUUCGUGGGGAAUAGCAUGGUACAUAAACGAUCUGCUCAUACCCGAAUUAACGCUGGAAAGAGGACAAACCUACACGUUCAAAGUAGAAGGAGGCGACGACAGCAGCAAUCCUGCAAGGUUCCACCCGUUCUACAUAACGGACUCGAAGGAGGGCGGUUUCGGGCAGAAGUCCGAAGAGGAACGGUUCAAGCAAAAGGUAUUCGCCGGCGUGGAGUACGACAGCGACGGUUACGCGUACCCGACGUUGGCCGGAAGGUACUGCGAGUGGACGCACAAGAGCGUGGACAAGUCUCUCGAAUCCGAGACGUUCGAGGAGUUCACGAAGACGUUGCGAUUGGAGUGCGAUCAGGGAGAGCCGGCUGAUUUGAAUUGGACGGUGCCGAUGAACGCGCCCGAUGUCCUCUAUUAUCAGUGCUAUACCCACAACAAUUUAGGUUGGAAGAUCAACAUCGUGGAGCCGGGUUACAUAUCGCUGCACAACAGCAAAAUUAGCGGUACUACAUCUGCGCAUUUCCAGUACGGAAAAGUAAUAUGGGUACUAGUCGCUUUCGCGAUUUGUCGUAAUGUACUUCUUAUUCAAUUGUAACGAAGAUUUUAAAUGUCUUUUUCUACUGACUGAAAGUUUUUGAGAAUUUAUGCAAUUUCUACAAACGUUUAGCGCUAUUCGUAUGAAGGACCAAGUGAAUUAUUAUCUUAUAAAAAGUAUAUCUGAUGUGAAUUUUCACAUUUUAUUUGGCACUGUUUGAAUAUAAGUAACUUAUUUUUCAGGCCAUUCAAUAUCAAAUUUACUUCGAUUAUACUCCGUUCGCUAUCAGGAGAUAGUAAUAAAAUCUAAUUUUGUAUACAAAAUACAGCACGAUUCAACGAAAACAAUAAUAAAGUUCCAAAACUAUUACCAAAAGGCUUUUACCAUUGUGUAAUACCAAUAUUUUUUUACUUUAGUAGUGCCACUCUGUAUACAGGGUAUUUAACAAUAACUUCUGGGAUAUUAACUAGAUACUAAAAGGAUAUAAUUAAUUAACUGCAUUUAUAACUGAAUCACUAUUUCGUAUACUAACGAUAUACAAAUAAUUACUAGUAAUUUAUCAAUUUAUUAAUUCAAUAGUGUGCCAUACUUUUUAUUUAUUUAUUGCGCGCCUAUUACUGCUGUUAGAAAAUUUAAUUACUAUCUCCUGAUAGGCGAACGGAGUAUAAUCUAUUAGAAAAAAUCUCCAACAUAUCCUUUAGAAUCGUCAUACGAAUAGAAGCUGCUACAAUAUUGAGUAUAAGUCCUACGUCAUAUCAAUUAGUUAUUUCCAUUAAUUGUAAUACAUAAUUAUAGAGGAACUGGAAAAGAGCAAGUCUCUUUUAGGAUGCUACCAAAGCUUUUACCCGAAUUGUUAAGUUUUUCGUUGCUCGGUGAAUUUCCAUUCGGUUGUUGUUGUGUGUAUUUUAUUCGUUUAAUGUUAAAUUUUAAAAUUUUAUUUUAUAUCUAUUGACUAGUGGUUUACGUAGACAAUAAUUAAUUGCUUAGGAACGAUACAAUUACCAGCGAGUACUUGCUCUUUUUGUUUUUAUGGUACUUAGAGAACGUAAGUAACUGGAACUGGAUAAAUUUAUUGUGAAACGAAACUUACAGGAGUUUCGAUAAAAGUCGAUGUGCUUGAAAUUACAAAGCACCAGAAGUUUUUAUCUAGUUCUGGUAAUAGACAAUAAUUUUUUUAAUAUUGUGAGUCAAAUGUGCUUUCUUCUGUAACAUAUGACAAUAAUUAGUAUUAAUAAUAACAAAUAUUUUAUACACGUUUACGUAAUUUUAAAAUGUAAAUGUCAAUAUAUGAAAAAAUUUGGAUACUAAUUUUAUUUGAAUAUAUUGUCGAUGUUGAAUAGAGUAAGAAUUUAGUUAAAGGACUGAUUAAACGUAAUUUGGGAAGAGUCGCUUUUCAAGAACUGUAACAAAUAAAUUGAUUUUACAUUCAUCAUAAAUAUGAUCUUAUUAAAUUGUUUUAUAUUUACUUUACUCUACAAAUUCUUGUCUUUUAUAUUAUUUGUAGUUUACUCUCUAAGGAAUGAACAACAUUCUGAUCUAUUUCCAUUAAUUCCAAAAUGUUAUUUUUUUUAUUUUUUGAAAAUGGGCUCCUAUGAGGGAAAAGUUUGACAUCGGCAGAAAUGUACCUAUUAUAGUAAUAUUUUUGAAGAACGUAAAAAUAUUGCUAAAACGUUUUCAUUAUAUAUUUAGAUUCAAAAAUCUAAAGAGACGGCAUAAAGUCAAUUGCACCUAUUUGUAAAUAUCAAUUUAAUUAUUAUUACAGAAUGACAAACAAUUUUAAUUUACUUACUCAAUAAGAAAAAAAUUGAAAUUUAUUCCAAGUAAGGUCUACUCAAUAUUUCCCAACGAACCUAGAAUGUUAUUACUUAUUACCAUUUUAGAAUUAAGGAAGUACCUAUAUCAUCAAAAUAACUAAGUAAAUUUUAAAUUAGCAAUAUUUUUACACGGCUGUUUUGUAUUUUGAAACAUGUGACAAUAAUUUUUAAAAAAAUUUCGAAGAUGAAGGUAUCUAGGCUAUGUUUGAAAGAGUAGUCUAAUAUGCACAAAUAAAAUAUAUUCGUAUCGUGACAAUAACUUCACAAAUUUGUAAUUUAAGUAGUCGUUAAAUAUACAAGCUAAAUAUAUUUAUAUUUUUUCGCCUUUUUUAUGGAAAAUGCCUAAUAAAUAACACUGUAUAUGUAAUAUUAUCUUAUUGUAUUUUGUUCUUAAAUGUAUCUAAGUUUUUGAUGUUUGAAAGAUAUUGCUACAAUUAUAUUUGUUGUUUUAGUUAUUUUUUAUGAGAUUCUAAAUUAAUGUGAUAUUUUUGUAAAGUCCAAUUACUCAAUUUAAUUUACUUGAAUUUCUUUGUUAAUUUUAUUUGGAAUUGUUCUGAUAUUGAAAUAGUUACUACAAUAUAUCCAUAUAAUAAUUAUAUAAGGACAAGUUAUAAAUUUGAUGUUGAAACAAAAAAUUUUUGCAAUUACUUAGGUAUUUAGGCGAUAUUGUUAUUUUAUAGUAGAUAUUUUUUGGGAGUAGUUUACAAUUAGUAAAUAUUUUUAUUUAGUUGGUGAAUUAUUAAGAAAGUGGGCAAAUUUAAGUAAUAAAAGAUUAUUUAUUAAGUUACAAAUUUUUUUUCUUCAGUCAAAAAUUUUUUGUUUUGAAUUUUUGAAGCUUCUCCUAAAAUAUUCUUUAAAGUUUGCAUUUUAAAAUACUUAGAAACAAUUUGUAAAAUUAAGUAAUAUAACUAACCACAUCUUAAUGUUUUUAAAAGUGAAUAUAUUUUUGUUUUUCUAAUUUGCUGUUUCAAUGUACUCUUGAAAAAUCCCUUAAUUCCCUCAUAAUUUAGUGAAUUAUACAUUGUAUUACUCAAAAAAUACUUUAAUCUCACUUUUUUAGAUAACUUUAGAUAUUUUUAACAUAACAGGUAAAAUAGAAAUGUAAAUAUUAUAGGGUGUUCCUGAACAACGUGCACAAACGAAAUAUCUCAAAACUGCAGGAGCUCUAAAGAAAAAACCCAGAAAAAUUUAAACUCCCUGUAGAUCGGUAAUGAAUCGUUUGCUGACCUAUGUUUAUAAGUCAAAGGAACACCCUGUAUUUUAAUACCUAGAUUAUUAUAAUCGAACAGAUCUCGAAACUCAACUAACAAAAAAAAUCUUUUCAAACCAUUCGUCAUUUAGGAAAUACUAAAUUAUUAUAAAUAGUACAAAUUAAAAAUGCCUAAUCAGAUUCCUCAUCACUAAAGCCUACAUCAGAGAAUUCAUCAUCAAUGCCAAGUAUACCACCAAGUCCUUCUUUGGAAGUGUUAUUGUCAAUUUCGCCGACGGAGAACAAUUGCUUUUCCCAGUUGUUUAUCUCCUUGGGAUCCGGUGCAGGUAACUGAAAUCGUAUUUGGAAGUUCUUUCUAAUAUCGUCGUACGUUUGAAAAUUGUACUUUCUUUCGUGCAUCCAAACAGCAGCCACUAUUUUUUGUUCACGGGUAUAUUCAACUUCGCUAACUCCAUCAGCGGUGUUGUUUUUUUCAGUUGCAUUUUGAUUAUUCAUUCUGUUUAUUUCAUUAGUUUUAAGUUUUAAACUACUAUAACGAAUGUAUUCUUAAAUGUAAUAUGUAAUUAAAAGUUCGAAAAUAUUUUGUAAAAAUAAACAAAAAUUGACAUUUGAC